GUCAGCAUGGCGAUGGCCAAGAUCAAUCAGGAAGCAGCUGCCGAUGGUGUAGUGGACAUGAGUGAGCUGCUCCACACAUUCACGAAUGACAUGGCGUGCCGCAUCGUGUCGGGGAAGUUUUUCCUGAAAGAUGGUCGAAGCAAGUUGUUCCGGGAACUCAUUAAGGAUACCUCACGGCUGCUAGGCGGGUUCAAUUUGGAGGAGUACUUUCCGUCAUUGGGUAGGGUAGGAGUGCUCAAGAAGGCGGUUUGUGCCAAGGCCGAAGGAGUGAGGAACAGAUGGGCCGAUCUGUUGGACAAGGUGAUCGACGAUCGUGUGAGUAAGCGCAAGUCAACAUCUGAUCACAAGGAUGACGAUUUUCUGGAUAUUAUGUUGUCCGUCCAACAGGAGUAUGAUCUCACAAAAGAGCACAUGAAAGCUCUCCUCACUGAUGCAUUUUUUGGUGCGAUAGACACAUCAGCUAACGCCCUCGAAUUCACCUUGGCUGAGCUCAUGAGGAAGCCACACCUGAUGGUGAAGCUACAAGAUGAGGUGAGGGGUAUUAUUGUACCCCAAGGACAAGAAAUUAUCAGUGAAACCGACAUGAACAACAUGACGUACCUAAGAGCAGUCAUAAAAGAGUCGCUCCGGCUACAUCCUCUUGCUCCUCUCCUUGCUCCGCACCUUGCCAUGGCUGACUGCAUCACCGAUGGAUACAUAGUUCCUGCUAGGACACGUGUGGUCGUCAAUGCAUGGGCCAUUGGUAGGGAUCCGAGCUCGUGGGAGUAUGUAGAAGAGUUCAUUCCUGAAAGAUUUACAGAUGAAGGCAGCAGUAUGCAUGUCAACUUCAAGGGGAAUGAUUUCCAGUUCUUGCUGUUCGGAGCAAGACGGAGGAUGUGCCCUGGUAUGAACCUUGGGAUCACGAAUGUAGAGCUUAUGUUGGCAAACCUUUUGUGCCAUUUUGACUGGCAACUUCGGCUUGGGGCUGAGAGAAAAGACAUUGAUAUGACAGAGGUGUUUGGGCUAACUGUCCGUACGAAGGAGAAACUAUUGUUGAUUCCAAGAUCACGGAUGUAG